CAGCCACUCUCCCAGAAACCCACCCAGAACCUCUGCCCCGACACCAUGGUCAACUCCUGUUGUGGCUCCGUUUGCUCUGAGCAGGGCUGUGGCCAAGAGAGCUGCUGCCAGCCCAGCUGCUGCCAGCCCACCUGUUGCAGGCCCAGCUGCUGCAUCUCCAGCUGCUGCAGGCCCCAGUGCUGCCAGUCUGUGUGCUGUCAGCCCACCUGCUGCAGGCCCAGCUGCUGCAUCUCCAGCUGCUGCAGGCCCCAGUGCUGCCAGCCCAGCUGCUGCCAGACCACCUGCUGCAGAACCACCUGCUGCCGGCCCAGCUGCUGUGUGUCCAGCUGCUGCAGGCCCCAGUGCUGCCAGUCUGUGUGCUGCCAGCCCACCUGCUGCAGGCCCAGCUGCUGCAUCUCCAGCUGCUGCAGACCCCAGUGCUGCCAGCCCAGCUGCUGCCGCCCCAGCUGCUGUUUGUCCAGCUGCUGCAGGCCCCAGUGCUGCAUCUCUAGCUGCUGCCGCCCCUCCUGUGGCAGUUCCAGCUGCUGUGACUCCAGCUGCUGCCGCCGCUGCUGGUCCUGCGGAUUUCGUCCUGUGUGUGGCCAGGUCUGCUGCCACACCUCUUGCUACCGCCCCACCUGUGUCAUCUCCACCUGUCCCCGCCCCAUGUGCUGCGCCAUCCCUUGCUGCUGAGUCCCGGUGCUGAUCCCUGCCCCGGGCUUCCCUUCACUUUUGUCAUCACAGAAGCAGAUCUCGGGAGUCUGAAGGAUGACCUCAGAGAGCACAUUCUCACUACCUGUGGCAUCACAUGCUGGCCACAGGCGAAGUCUCUUUGGUUGAACUGAAUCAUUACACUACCUGUUAAGAAACUAAGACGAGCUUCCAGGUCCUCUAAUUUGGAACAUGGAAAUUCUUGCAAGGCCAAUGGAAGCAAGAUCACAACCUCAGAACUGAGGGUCUCUCAGGGCCACCUUCUAUUUCCUGUAGGCAAGGAGACUCCAGAUGUACCUGAAACUGUGUGUUUCUGGGUCUUACUGAUGCUCAUUUUAAAUAAAAGUAAACCUUUCUUGUCAUAGAAAUACA